UGCGAAGGAGAGGGAGGGAGAAUACGCGAGCACGUGGGGGGAGAGGGAGCGAAGGAAGGUGUCAAGGUGACAAACGCGCUAAGCCGCGCAAAUUCGCGCGGGGUCCGCGCGAGGACCGGCUGCAGUUGAACGCGUACGAACGAUUCUCGCGCCGGCAGCCACGACAUGAUCUCUUCAACGGAGAGCGAAAGGAGCGAGGCGGACGUCGCCGAGGUGGCGGACGCCCGGGACGACCCGUACGACGUGGAGAGAUGCGCCCGUUGGAUCCGGACGAAUGCCUUGAAACAGGUAUGCCUACAGUUUCCGGACAGCCUGCUACCGGACUCGGUAGAGGUUGCGCUGCGCUUAGAGAAGAACCUGGGGCGGAAAGUGUAUAUCCUAGGUGACACGACUUGCGGCAGCUGUUGCGUCGACGAGAUAGCGGCGCAGCACGUUGACGCGGACGGCGUAAUACACUUCGGACACGCCUGCCUCAGUCCCACCGCUCGCCUACCGGUCCUCCACGUUUUGCCGAGGAGGCGUCUGGACGCGGCGGGAUUCGGCGAGGAGUUCAAGCGAGCCUUCCCGGACUGCGCGAGGAAGAUCAUAUUUUUCUACGACGUGGCGUACGCGCACGAGAUCGAACGUGUACAUAGUACAUUGAAACCUGUAUAUAAGCACUUAGUUUUGUCUAAAUUAAAUUGCACGUCGAACGUGGAAUACACCGACGCGGGAGCAAGCCCGGCCUCGGUUGUCCUGGGCAGGAGUUACACCUUGGAAAACGGAUAUAACGUACAGGAUUACGAGGGCUUCUUUCUGGGCGAGGCAGAAAAGACUCUCGCGUUAUUAGCGAUGAGCGUGCCUAUGAGAAGGUGGCACUGCUUCGCAAACGGCAAGGUUAGUGAGUUCCAAGCAUUGAACACACCUUGGUUGAAGCGAAGGAGAUUUCUGAUAGAGAAGCUGAGGGAUGCCAGAGUUGUGGGAAUCGUCGUUGCCACGUUGGGCAUUCAGGAGUACUUAACGGCUAUAAAUAGCGUGAAGAAGAUUCUCAAGCAAAAAAGCAAAAAGUCUUAUCUUCUCAGCGUGGGAAAGAUCAAUCCCGCCAAGCUUGCAAAUUUUCCAGAGAUUGACGCCUUCGUCGUAAUAGCUUGUCCGGAGAACGAAGUAUUUGACUCGAGGGACUUUUUCAAGCCUAUGCUUACGGUGUACGAAGUCGAAUUGGCAUUUAACAACGCGCGGGAGUUCUGUCCGCAAUAUUUCAUGGACUUUCGGCAGAUACUGCCCGGCGGCACCCACUACGUCGACUUUAAGCAGUCAACGGACUCUGAUGUUUCUCUCGUCACUAGCAGUAUCAGAAAUUGCGAGGACGACACGCUCUGUACAGACCAAAUGAAUGCUCUGGCGGUCCAUUCCUCAGGUACUGUUGCUAUUGGCAAAGCUGGGGCUCAAUAUUUGCAAGAUAGAUCCUGGAAGGGUGUCGAGCAGAAAUUGGGUGAAGAUCCUGCACAAGCAGCGGAGGCUGGUCGUGCUGGAUUAGCGUGGGAGUAUACGAGUGAACCUUUAAAAACGGACAAACGUAACGCACAAGCGGAAUAAAUAUAAUGUUCCUAAA